AGGCUCAGUCGCCGUUGCUUUUGUGCAGCUUUCAUUUGGGUUUUUCUCAGUUUGAUCCUGAAGCCGAUCAGCUGUAGCGUCAUGAAUCUGUGGCUCAGCAGCUGCUUCCUGGUAGCCAAGCUGUUUCUCAUCGCCUCGGCUCUGACACCUGAAGAGUGCCAAACCAAGGUCACGCCGUUGUCUCUGGACGACCGUUCAACAAUGUACGGCAGGUGGACCUUCAUCAUGGGUUACACCGACAGUGACGCAUUUAACAUCAUCCUGAAACACACAGAAAGCUCGUGGAUGAAUGUCACCCCGUCAUCAAGCCCAAAUGAAGAUGUUGUAUCUCAGGAGGAGAAGUUAAAUGGGACCUGCUUUCCCUCAACUGUCAACGUAACUUAUGAUGGCAAUAUUGCAUUAAUGUCAAUCGCCAACCUCACCUCGAAGUUCCACGUACUGCCGAGCAGCGUCGGCUGCCUCGUCAUGAGCAUCAACAGCACCAUCAGAGACCUCGACAAAAUACUUGAUGCCCUGAAAAUCGACAGGACUGUGACAGGGGACGAGAUCAAGCUUCAGGCUGUUUAUUUUAUGUGCAGAGAGCCGACCCUGAAGGACUCGGACCUGGGACUUUUUAAGCAGCAGGCGAGCUGCCUCGGCUUCUCCAGAGACCCGGACUUCCUCUACGACCCCAAGAACGAUUUCUGUGCUGAAGGCGAGGGCGUGAGGCUCUUCUGAAUUUGAGAACAACUUUCAUCAGUAUUUGGAACUGAACCUGACAAAGUAAAGAAGCUAAAUGUGACUCAAGCAUCAAA